AAAAUUAAAUUUAUUGGAAGCCAUGGAGAUUAACAAAAUGAGACAUUCAAAUGUAUUGCUUAACGAUCCAUCGGAAUUAAAUACCUCUCCGUUAUUGAACUGAAAUUCUUACAACAUUAAUUAAGGUUUUAUUGUCAUUUUUCGGUAUAUAUAGCAGCAGGUAGUGUGUAAAUAUUACAUUUGAUAAAGACACGGUAUUGUCGAAACAAUUGUAAAAAUAUAUAUUUUCGGGGGGGAAAUCGAAGAUUUAGAAAUAGAUGAAAACACAACCGUAAAAGCAACAGACAAAUUUAAAUACUUAGGGUGUAUAAUAACAAAAGAUGGAUCAACAGAAGAAGAAAUCAAAUCUAGACUAGGGCAGGGUAGAACAUGUAUAAAACAACUGAACUCCAUUAUAUGGAACAAGAAAUUAACAAAGAAAACAAAAACAACAAUAUUUAAGACAAUAGUAGAAAGUAUAAUUACAUACGGAGCAGAAACCUGGCUAUUGAACAAAAAGAACAAAUCUAAAGUAACCGCCGUCGAAAUGGAAUAUUGGAGAAGGUGUUGCUAACGAACACGCAUGGAUAGAAUACGUAACGCAGAAAUCAAGAGGCAAAUGAAUGUAGAAAAAGACUUAUUAACUACAAUAGCAGAAAAACAGCUUAAAUGGUAUGGUCAUGUCAGACGAAGUGACGAUAGACGGUGGAUAAAGAAAAUCACAGAGUGGAGCCCUAUGGGACGUAGAAAGAGAGGAAGACCCAGAAGAUCGUGGAGGGAUGAAAUAGAUGAAGCUAUGGAGGAAAGGGGGUUGGAAGACGGAGAUUGGAAUGACAAAGAUGAAUGGAGAGUCUGGUUGAGAGAGGGAAAACGGCGCGAGCUGUAACAAACCCCAUAUGUAUAUAUAUAUAUAUAUAUUUUCGUGAAAAUCUGUACUGUUAGUUUUAUUUCUUUUCUAUAUUUGACUCAAAAUUUGACGUUUCAUACACAUGCCGAUUACAUAAUGAAUAAAUUUUCUAAAAAAGGUUAAUUUUAUAUCUAGAAUAGGGAGCAAUUUGUCAAUUGACACCAAAAUCUUAUUGAAUAACAGCCUAGCUGCUUCCCAUUUGUAAUUUUGUUCGACGCUUUUGUUCAUUUUGCCUAAAUAUAAAUGAAAGCAAUUGAUGAUUGUUCAAAAUAGGGCCAUGAGGAAAAUACAUAUAUACGCCAGUUCAAAGAAUGUUGGAGUGUUCUUAAUUUCUUGUCUGUAAAACGAAAAGUAAUGUUCAAUUUCUACGUAUUUAUUUUUAAAAUUAAAUGUGUGUUCCCAAUUAUGUUUGUGAAAACGUUACCUAUUUCGGAGAUAUUCGUUCUUACAAUACAAGAAAUUGUGGUAAUUUUAUGUUGAGAGAAUGUUAUUCUAGUCGUGUAUAAAACUCUAUAUUACCUAAAGGCCUAAUCCAUUUUAACAAUUUACCGCAUGAUAUUAAAAACUGUGAUAUUCUUAACAAACUUAAAAAGACUUUUAAGACGCCAUGUAUUGUCCAAAUUCUGAUUUGUUUGCUUAGCUUUUGGUUUCCGUUUAUCUGGAAUUCUAUAUUUUAUAUUUAGAAUUUAUAUUUUGUAUUUUUCAACUUCAGUUUGAUGUUCGUGUGAAGUUUUCUUUUAAAACUUUGUCAUCAAAUCGGCAAAAUGUUCGGUCGAAAUGUGAUUGCGAAAACGCGACUGGACAAAUAUGAGGUGCAUCCAGAAUAGGUAAACGUACUUUCUCAUUAUGCCGAUACCCGCAACGGCAUCAAUAUUAAUUAGACGGAAGCGGCUGAUUAAAAUUCGAUAAGAGUACGCCGAAAUCGUCCGGUAUAAAAACAAAAAGAAAGUGAAAAUUUCGUUCCUGCUAGUUCGUCCUUCGGCAGUGAUAGUGAUAGAGACACCGGGCGCCAUACGGAAGAGUUGUUAUUUCAAGGACGCGAUGCAUCUUUUCCGCCUGAUCGGUGUUGCCUUCCUGUUUUCCCUGCUGGAAAACUGCACGGCCGACGAUGAUCUGCUGCGAUCGAACUCCAACCACCUGGACCCCCUAACAGAACACGAUGGUUCCGUGAACCAGCACGAAAAACGCACCAUUUUCGGCCCCAUCCGCAGCGGCGAUUGGGCCAAACACGUCCUAAUCACCAAGACGGGUACCAAGCAAGUCAUCGGGUACUCUCCCAUAGACUACAAGUUCUCGUCGGUGGUACGACCUUUGGCUCUAAAACCGGUCAGUUAUAGCUAUCCGAAGCCCCAAGUCUUGUUCCGUAUCAAGUCGAAACCGGUUCAAGGCGGCUGGAAACCAGUACCUAGCGCCGUCAAACCGAUUCUUCACGUAGAACCUCCCGUAAUUCAACAUCAACCGGUUCCUCACGUCGACCACGUGGAUCACGUCCACCAAGUGCCGCUAAACCACGUGCAUCUCCUUCCGUCUUAUCCGCAUCAGUUUCCUCUACACGUCGAUCAGAUUCACCAAGUCAACGUUCCCCACCAAGAUCACGUAGACGCCGUUACGCACGUCGAUCAUCUUCAUCCCCCCCAGCACUUGGUGCACGUUCCUCAAUUGAAACCUUUCGUACCUUCGCCUGUGCUGUUCGAAGUCACCAAACCAAACCUGGGGGUUCUGCCGUUGGGAGCCACGUUCCCUGCUCCCGUGUUGAGGGAAGUUCCCCACAUACACGUGUCGCAACCUCUGGCACCUCUACUUCCGAUACCGGCGCCGCCAGCGCACCAUCAAACACCUCCGCUAUUCUUCGAGUACCACGGGACUAGGAACUACCUCCCGAUCUCCAACGGGGCGCCAUUUUUGCCACAGGCCGUCCAUCCUCACCAACAUUUGCCGCAGCAGGACCACCUCGUGCCGAAUUUUAUUCAGCAGCAGUUACCGCACUUCCAGCAAGAUCUGGACAUUCCGCAGCAACAGUUGCCGCUGGAGGCGGACGAUCACCAAGCGAAUUACGAGCAGCACCAAGUGAUCCAGCCCGGCCGAACGGACGUCCAGAUACCGUUCCAUUUGCCUCAGCACGCGGCGCACCAAGAAGGGUAUCCGGAGUCGGCUAGGACUUUCGAAGGCGGCUUCAGGCCGUCUAUAAGUUUGGAACCCCCGUACCACAAGUAGUUCGAGUAGUCGUAGUCGUAGUUGUUAAUUAAUUUAUUGUUUAGGUGGUCUAGUCACGUCGACAAGUUAUCGUUUCUUGUUAAUGUUUUAGUCGAACGUAUCGAAUAAAUAUUGUUGUACCGUUACUAGUAGUUUUAAUGGUCUAAAGUAGCGCCAGCAUAGACUAUAUUGUUUUCAUCUACGAAAAAUACUAUACACUAAGACCCUUCUUCUUCUUAUAUUGGGAUUGAACUUGUCCGAUCUCUGCAAUGAUAAUAAUAAUAAAUUGCCUUUAUCGUUGUAUAUUAUAUUAAUAUACAGUAGAGAAGAGGCCAAGUCUAGCAAAAGCUACUCCACUUAACCUCUUAAAUGUUAUAAUUACAUUAGCAUUACAUUACAUUACAAUAGUAAUAUGGGACAAUAGGAAGUUAUUAAAAGUAAAAAUAAACAAAACUUCUGGAUUCCUCCUGCGUCGGUUUUUGCUGAUGUUUCGCUAAUCAUCCUGUUGGCUUCUUCAGAGCUUGACUGAAACUGCUUAUAUAUUGUUUGAAAAACGUUUAAAAACAAUACUCUAGAUUCUAAUUAUGCUACACACUUAAACACAGAGAAACACAUUUUUGACGACAAUUUUGAUAUUUUGCGUACAGCCACAAAAAAGUAGAAAAUUGAAUUUAUUGGAAGCCAUCGACAUUAACAAAAUGAGACAUUCAAAUGUAUUGCUUAACGAUCAAUUAGAUUUAAAUACCUCUCCUUUAUUGAACUUAAAUUAUCACGUUUUCGGUCGGUCAUUUUUCGGUACAUAUAGUAGCAGGUAGUUCGUAAAUAUUACAUUUGGUAAAGACAGGGUGUUGUCGAAACAAUUGUCAUGUAAAAAUAUAUAAUUUCGUGAAAAUCUGAACUUUUAGUUCUUAUUUAUUUUUUUUGGUAGUAAGUAAAUCGAAAUUGGUAAAAGAAAUUUUUGUAUUUACACAUUUAGUCUGUCACGCACGCUGCUCGAGAUAUUUGAAAAAUUCUAGACACGAUGACGUCAUUGACUGCGUAGUUCCAGAAAAAAAGCUAUUUUAUCGAAAACUACCGACCCGAUCGACGAAAUUCUUCAACCAAUAAACGCGGGAGAUCCAGGGCUAUAACCUAUACUUUCGGUUACAUACAGGGUGUGUCGACAAUGGGCAAAAAUCUCCCUAAUAUUGGCGCGAAUUCGAUUUUAGUCCGAAGCUUCUGCCGUAUGUUUCACUUUCUUUAAUCGACAAGAGACAAAAAGAGUUCCGCGAAAUGUAUCGCAGUCCGGGUGGCAUAAAAAAGGCGUUAAACAGUUAGAAAGGCGAUCGACUAACCGCGACGGGUGCAUAAAAAUCGACUUCACGAUUGGACUCGCCUUCUGAAUUCUGAAGACGGGUAAUCGGUCACGUAGUCCCAGUCUCGUAGAAAGGUAAAAUGGCAUUUUACCCGAACGAAAUCGAGUUUUUAGUAUACGAGCGCCGCAGACAAUUGGUUACCUUACCGCCUAAUUUCUUCUCGUAUAAAACCUUCACGUACCUUACUUACUGUCUACGGCAACGUAGACUUUAGACGUCAUUUAGACUUUUUAAUCGGAACCAUACGAACCGGUUAAAGUUUAACGCUCGGUUACGUUCGUCCUUGUCGCCUGGCGUUGUCCCAUAUUAGUCGGUUUUAUUGCACGCUGUUUGCGGAUUAUUCGGUCGUAUUGCUUUUGAGGCUAUGCGGAGUCCUUAGCACUUGCGAAAUCUCAAUUUUUCGCGGUUCUAAUAAAACUAUUGCGGCCCAGUUGUUUAGCAAAGAGAAAGUAAUGCACUUUGAACCGACCGGCUCCCUUAACCUCGAGCUAUCAACAGAUGCACGGCGUCUUCUUCUUUUUUUCUUUCGUCGGGCGAGUGUACCGGGGACGCCCGCCCAAUACACACGAUGAAAUUUUUAGUUUCUUAUAAAUUAUUUCGUAAUUUGUAUUAUAAAUUAAGAGUACAGGGGCAAAACGAUGAGGGUAAAAAAAACUUCAUUCUGAGUAAUUGUGAUUUUUGUUUAGGAAGACUACUCUAGAACGCGGUAAACAAAAAUAGGAUUUUGGAAUAUAAUUAUUGCUAACUUGAACUAAAAUACUUUUUGGCAGAAUAUACAAAAAAUAUAUAAAUCGUUAAUGCAAGAGUAUAAAAAAGAAACUUUCAUUCCAAUACAAGAAAAACUUAUACUUAUAUACAAAGCAAUAUUAAACUUGAUGUUGAAUAUUUCUCUACAUUUUUCAUAAGAAACUAAUUUAUCAUGACAU